UUCAAUCUGGUCCAAGAGAGAAACAUUUCCUCAAAUCCCCAGACGACGAAACCCUCACAAUGGAACCCUAGAUGUCCAUCAAUCUCUCCUGUAUCUCCAUCCAAUGGACCUCUCCUACCUCCAAUCUAGGGCUUCCACCUCCACGUCCUCCUCUUUUCCACCCCACCGCACCCAGCUACACCCUCGCAUGUACUUCUCAUCCCCCUCCCCCUCAUCCUCAACCUAUUCCCGCGCUUAUCGCCUCCGCCUCAUUGCCGCCGGGCUCUUCGUCUUCCCCUUUCUCCUCUACCUAUUUUUCGUUGCCCGUCGUUCCCACUUGUCCGCUCGGUACACAGCUCCCCGUCCUAAAGGCUUCGGUGUCAUCAUUGAUGCAGGGGCCUCCGCGUCCCGCGUUCGCGUCUUCGAGUUCCUCAAUGAGGGUAGGAUUCCGUUCGUGGCGUUUGAUGGCAAGGGAUCGGUCUCGAUGUCUGUGAGGCCCGGGCUAAGGGAGUUUGCGGUGGAGCCGGAGCGAGCUAGGGUUUUGAUUAGAGAGUUGCUUGAGUUUGCGAAGAGGCGGGUGCCUAGGGCGGCGUGGGGGUAUACGAAGGUGAGGCUGAUUGAAAACGGAGGAUUGGAGGGGUUGGAGAAGGAGGUUAGAAGGGGCAUCUUGGAAUCUUGCAGUCAGGAGCUGAGGGCAUCCGGCUUUUCAUUUAGGGAUGACUGGGCAUCUUCUAUCACAGGUCAAGAAAAAGGCAUUUAUGCAUGGGUUGCCGCUAACUAUGCUCUUGGUACACUAGGAGCUAAUCACAAAGAUACCAUGGGAGUAAUUGAACUUGGUGACACUUCUACACAGGUUACAUUUGUCACAAGUGAACAACUUCCCAUGGAGUUUUCUAGGUUGCUUCGACUACCUGGGAUGACUUACAAGGUCUAUAGUAGCAGUACUAAUUACUAUAGCCAGGAUAGAGCUUGGGAAUCAUUGCAUAAAAUGUGGACUUCCAGAUUAUUGACAAAAACAUCAAAUCUUGUAGAAGAAUCAGUAAUGUUUCCAUGCAUCCCCAAGGGCUAUAAUCAAACAUCUGAUCAUGGUAUCCUACCCAAUUUCAAGGACAGAAAAAUCUGGAAUUUUAAUUUGCAAGGAAAUUUUAAAGCAUGCAGAGGAGAUAUCCAUGCUCUUUUUCAAGAACAAGAUACCUGUACUAAAUCCCCAUGUGAAACAUCACCCAUAGUUAUUCCUACAUUGCAAGGGAAACAUUUUUCUACACAGAAUUUUUUCUUCACUUCAGAGUUGUUUGGCUUGACCCCACGCACUUCCCUGUUGGAUGUGGAAAAAGCUGGACAGCAUUACUGUGAAGAUCACUGGAGUAAACUUAAACAAGAACACUUUGGUAUUGAUGAGGCAGAUUUGUUGAAGUAUUGCUUUUCAUCAGCUUUCAUUGUAGCCUUGCUACAUGACAUCCUUGGAAUUUCCUUAGAUGAAAAGAGGAUUGGAUUUAUGAAUCCAGUGGAAAGUGUUCCCCAUGAUUGGACGCUGGGAGCUUUCAUCUUACAAACAAUAACAGAGCCAUUGGAUGCAAUAGAAAGCCCACCUAAUAUUGUUGGCAGUGGUGCAAUCUCAUACAUGUCAUUCUUUGCAUUUUUAGUUUUGGCAGUCCUUUCCGUAUUCUUUAUAUCAAAAUGCCGUAGACCUCAAUUAAAAACAAUCUAUGACUUGGAGAAGGGACGCUACAUAGUGACUCGCAUCCCCAGGUGAUCGAUUUGAUCUGAUCACUUUUUCCAAGCAUCUAUAAGACAGACAGUCUUAAUUGUACGCGAAGUAGGAAGCUAAACUUGUCCAGUAAAACAAAGGAAGAUCAAAGAACUAAAGGUGCAUGUAUUGGAAUUCAGGACUUCUCUCCUUUAGUUAACAAAAGUGUAAAAGCGCGCAUGAAACUCAAAUAGUGCCAGUUUAUCGAGGUCUAACUGUGUCGAAUGAGAUGCCUGAUCCAGUAGUGCAGAAUGAGCUAGCAGCAUUGGAGAUGUGGAUCAUCACGCAGCUUCAUGCAAAUGAGUUCAUGUCCGUUGUCACAGAAAUGCGAACUCCUGAGACAUUAAGGAGAUUUAGGCUUCGUUUGGGACAUCUUUCUUACUGCUUCUUAGAGCAGCUUUUUAGUAUAAAAACUUUAGUUUUUAAACUAAAAAAUUAUUUUAAGAAGCAAUAAAAAAAUUGUCCCAAACGAAGCCUUACUCUGCUCUGAAUCUCGAUUGCCUGGAUCUGGGGUGACACAUUAUGUGUGCUUGUUAUUGAUUUUUUGUCUACAAGCACCAUGGUUCAUAAGUUGCUUCCUCUUAAUUUUUUGUCAUUUAUGACAGCCAACUCUGGUUGGUCCUCAAGUGAAUAAAAACGCCCCAUAUCUACAGUGCCUCAUUUUAUAUCUCUAUUUACCCUUAUUUUCAAUGUUUCAUUUUAAUCUUCCCUGCAAGUGUAUUUUUUGGUUAUUUCAUCUGCAGAAAAUGAAUGGUUGUGGUGUCUUUAA